GGCAUCUGCCGUCUACAACAGACGGUGUGUGUGAUUGAAUGGACAUGAAGUCGCCCGUCAGCGCGAAAUAAAUCAAUCUAAUGGACUGUCCAUCUCCAAGGAGAGCCAUCACAGACAGAGAGGACGUCAGGAGGAGUGAGGUGGGGAGAGAGCAGCUGGAUGAAUAUUUAAUCAGCCUGCAGCACAGAAAUAGAUCUCUGAAAAAAUUGCAGAUAAAGGACCCGAAGCAGAUUGAGUUGGAACAGCGGGAGCAGGGCUUCUCCAUCUACAUCAACGGCGCUAAUGCAAACCUGCCUAAUGCUAAGUGCAGUCAAAGCAGCAAGAGAGCCGAUCACAGACCACAAGCAUCCCUCCCACCUACACACAGAAACACACACACUGCAGAUGGUCCCAGGAGGAGAAGGGGAGAGGCGUGUGGACUGAAUCAUUACGUCCCAAGGAGCCACACAGCACCUGAGAGAGCACAGCGUAAAGGAUGGGUUCAGGAAGCAGUACAUAUCCGUACGGAGAGUGGAGAACGGGUCAAAAUAUCUCCAGAAGAUAGGUACUCAGAAGACUUCGAGCCCUACCAGAGUGAAGACAUGGAGGUGGAUGGAGGAUGUGGGAGGUCGUUCUCCGAUUCAGAACCUGCUGCUGAAAAGGUUCUGCUCAACCUGGACCAGGUUAAAGUGUUACGGCGCAGUCUGGAGGCCAGUAUGAUGCGAGGGAGGUGUGACUCUGUGGGAGAGGAGUCGGACGAAGACUGGGUGGAAGAGCAGAUCGAGAGAGACCAGAGUAACGACAGCAUUACUGACAUCACACUUUGUCCCUCUCCCAAACCCGGUCAGCCAAUCAGGACUCAGCCCAGCCCCGGUGACCUCAUUGUUCUGGAUUUUGGCCCCUCCCCAAAAGGUCAGAAAGUGGAGCGCUGUCUCUCAGCCAAGAGGAAGGAGAACAUGCAAUCGUACGUCCCCACUAAACCUGUUCUUGUGAAAAAAGGAAUGAACAGAACUGCACAGGAAACACCACGUGCAGCUAGUCAUGCAGAGCGCCCCCUGUCUGCGCUACGUACGAUGCAGCAGGAGCCGGACUGUGAGGAGACUCUACAGAGAGAAAACUCAACCGUCGUCACACACACACUAGCUUCGGACAAACGGUCACACACACCCGACCUCCAAGAAGCUGUCCCACACAGGAGUGUGUUCCCCAUCAGCCCGCAGCAGGUGAACAACUCGGUUCAGGGUGAGGGUGAGGAUGAUGAGGAGGAUGAAGAUGAUCAGAGGCGACUUGUACAAGCCAUGCAGAGGAUCGCUCUAAUGGGGCCCAGUCAGCAGAAGAGGCUGCUGGAAGCUCUGGAGAACAUUGAGGUUGAAGCUCAGUCCACCGUUUCUCCCACACACACCAGCAACUCCAGGUCUCCUCCCACCAUAAGGCGAGGCUCAGCGGACACCCUUUACGUAACCAUGGAGAUCAUGUCAAACUGGGGCUGCAGUGGAUGGGUGGGGUUGACCGAGGUGCAGUUCUUCUGUAGGAGGAACCGGAAGCUACACGUCUCUCCACACGACCUGGACAUCCGCAACACCGAUCAGCCCGGGAAACUCGCCGCCCUCGUCAACGGCAAGACCAAAACCACUAAAGAGCGUGAUAUGUGGAUGUGUCCGUUUCAUGCUCCAGUCCAGCUGUACUUUGUGCUGAGGAACACAGAGCGGACCCCAGAUUUCAGCAUCGCCCGCAUUCGAAUCUGGAACUACAACCGCAGCCUGAACGAGAUAGACGUGGGUGCCCGGGACGUCCGCGUGUAUGUAAACAGCACUCUGGUGUUCGAGGGACAGCUUCAGAAAGGCUGCGGCAACCACUUCUUCAACUACAGCACCACCAUUGACCUGGAGGAACUCUGUCUCCCAGAAUGCACCUCUCCUAGCCCUGCCUGCUUCAGCCCACAUCCCAGUGACGGCCAGCUUCAAAAUCCCAGUCCUCACCAGUCCGAUCCUGGUCCGUUCUUCAUCAGUGAGCUCAGUAACCACCGAUCGGUACCGAGUGACGCACAAGCUGACUUCAAUGGUAACCCGAAGAUGCAGACGGACUCAUUAGCGCUCGAUCCAUUCCCGGGUGGAAGCCGUAGGGAGACGGUUACCACGGUAACCACCCAGCCAGUGUCCCGAGGCGCUCACGAGCGCCCCCCGUGGCUGGAGCCUCAGAGUACGACAGAGAGUGAACACCAACAAGCCGCAGCACACAAACGCUCGGCCCUGAACGACGUCUCGUGCAGCCCCACCAGUGUCUGUGGCCACCAGGUGGCGCCAUUAAUCAAUGACGGGAAAAAAGGAACGAAGCGAAAUGGCAAUGCCAAACUGGAGGGCGACUCGGACCUGCUCGAAGUGAUGAAGAAGGAGAAAAGGAGAACGAGGCCCAUUAGCGGGCGCAGAGGGUCGGCACAAACCAAACAACCCAGCCACGUCGCUGAAAGGAAACCUGACGGCACCACAGCAGAGAAGCUUGGGACCGUUGCUGCUGGUAACCAUCGGGGACAGUCUCGUGGGCUGAGUGAUCCAGGGCACAUGCCAGCAGUGACGGUGAAAUCGCAGGACUUGCUGACAAAGUUCAGCCAUCCAGACGACGCCCUCUCCGAAUUCCUCCAACGCAGGAGCCGCUUCUCCCCCAAGACCCCUGAGCCGGUGAGCCCCGACCCCAUGAUGUCUGACCCGGAGGAGGAUUUCGAGAUCCCGGUCCUUCCUGACGGGCGCCAACUUGUGAUGCGUAUUUUGUCCACGUGGGGGGACCGUCACUAUGUGGGGCUGAAUGGUCUGGAGAUAUUCAGCGCGAGCGGCGAGCCAAUCGCACCGCAGCAUGUCACGGCUGUCGUCAACGGCCUCGUCGAGGUUAAUAGUGAUGUGUCCACGGUAGCGGAUGGUGUUCAGCGCACACAGGACGACUCCCAUAUGUGGCAGGCACCGUUCACUCCAGGAAAGAGCUGCGAGAUCAGACUAGACCUGGGAGAGAAGAGACGUCUCGCCAUGAUUCGCGUCUGGAACUACAACAAGUCCCGCAUUUACUCAGUUAGAGGGGUGAAGGAUGUGGAGAUGCUGCUGGAUGGAAGGAAAAUCUUCAGAGGAGAGAUUGCUAAAGCAUCUGGAACGUUAACAGGAGGACUGGAUCAGUUUGGUGAUACGAUCCUCUUCACCACUGAUGAUGAGAUCCUGGAGGCCAUGUCUCGCUUUGAUGACACGUUUAUGGGGGAUACUGAGGGGACGGGAUCUGCGGGGGGUGGGGAGGACAUUGAGCGUCCUCGUACUGCAGAUGGAGACGAAGAGAGCGAGUUAAAGGAGGAUGAUUCACCUAUAAACGACGCCCCUGCAGUAGAACCGUGUGCUGAUGCAGUGUUGCAAAGUUCUGGCUUCUUCACAGGAAAGACCGUGUCUCUGACCCUGAUGUCCACAUGGGGUGACUCUCACUACCUGGGCCUUACCGGUUUGGAGAUCGUCGGCAAAGAGGGACAGAGCAUCCCGGUCGACGUCUCUAUGGUAACCGCAUCACCACGAGACCUCAAUGACCUUCCAGAGUACAACGAUGACCUCCGCACUCUGGACAAGUUGUUCGAUGGAGAGAAAGUCACAACGGCUGAUGAGCACAUGUGGCUGAUUCCGUUCUCCCCUGGCUCUGACCACACCCUCACCGUACGCUUCAACCAAUCACACACUAUUGCUGGCCUCAGAGUCUGGAACUACAACAAAUCACCAGAGGACUCCUACAGAGGGGUGCAGUCCUUGGGUGUGUACGUAGACGGCGUGUGUGUGUCUCCUCCGGACGGUUUCCUGGUACGGAAGGGUCCGGGGAACUGCCACUUCGACUUUGCUCAGGAGAUUCUGUUCAUGGACUAUGUUCAGCCUAGCAGUGUGUGUAAAAACACACACCCACUGGAGUCUCACGGGGGUGAAGAGGAGGCCAGCAUGGAGUAUGAGGCUCCACUCAUGCCGUCUGGAUUUAUAUUCCAGCUGCAGCUGUUGACUACGUGGGGGGAUCCGUACUACAUCGGGCUGAACGGCCUGGAGCUUUAUGAUCAGAACAACCAGAAGAUCACUCUCAGCCAGAACAACAUCGCAGCAUUUCCGGACAGUGUCAAUGUGCUGGACGGUGUGAGUGGUGACGUACGCACACCAGACAAACUGAUCAGCGGUGUCAAUAACACGCAUGACGGACGCCACAUGUGGCUCGCCCCGGUGCUGCCCGGCCUGGUGAAUCGUGUGUAUGUGAUCUUUGAUCAGCCCAUGACUGUCUCCAUGAUCAAACUGUGGAAUUACUCCAAAACGCCACUAAGAGGAGUCAAAGAGUUUGGGCUGCUUGUAGACGAUCUGUUGGUGUAUAACGGGAUCCUGGAGUGUGUAACACACGUGUCACGAGGAAUUCUGCCCACCCUCGACCCCAUCGUGCCCUACCACACCAUACUGUUCACCAACAACACUCGCAUCACCCAGCGUGAGAGACACAACGUCAUCAGUAACCACGUGGAGGACCAGGAUGUGAAGAUGACCAACGAUAAUCAGAUUGUCCAGCAUCACAAGAAGAAACACACAGCCGACCAAGCACUGAGACCCAAAACCUGCAUGACUGACACCAGCAAACCUGGACAGCGCCGAUAAUGAAGGUGUGAAGUUAUGUACUGUAAAUAAAAUAGUAAAAUAAUGUAUUUAUGAGCAAGCACUAUAUUACCAUAUCUAAAUGUAAAGGUGGCCUCAAAAUAAAUGAAGUUCUAAAUGAUAA